CUACAGUGGAAGUCACGAUGGGCGGUCCUGUCGAAACUUUCACCGGUGGCUGAUUCCCUGCAGCUGCAGCUCUACAGAGACAGCAGAGACAGAGCCCGUCGAUCGCCCCCGCGGUCGUCUCUGAUGUUGACCGCUCCGCUGGCUCUGCAGACGGGCCUGACGGUGGACAAAGAGAGCCACACGUGGUCAGUGUUGUGCGCGGACACAGCUACGGUGGUCGCCGCAGUCGAGUCCAGAGACCGGCUGCUGCAGUGGCGGGCGAAGCUCACCAACACGCUCGGGGAAGAACAAUCGUGGAUGGUGCAGAUGGUGCAGGUACCUGGAGGCAAGUGUGGGGUACCCACAGGUCCAGUUCGUCUCCAUAUUCGCGACCACCGCCUCACCCUCACCACCAACAGCCCGCCUAAACUCCUAGCGACGUGGCACACCGCUGACCUCAGACGCUACGGGGUGCUGGGUGACCGCCUGGUGUGGGAAGGAGGCACACGAGCGUCUCCCUUCCAGGGCGUCUUCUCCGCCAAGUAUAACCUGCCGCGGGUGCUAGUGCAGGCGCUCGAUCUCGCGGUCAGGGGCAUGAUCAACAGGAUGGGCGAGAUGGGUGAGUAUAACCUGCCGCGGGUGCUAGUGCAGGCGCUCGAUCUCGCGGUCAGGGGCAUGAUCAACAGGAUGGGCGAGAUGGGUGAGUAUAACCUGCCGCGGGUGCUAGUGCAGGCGCUCGAUCUCGCGGUCAGGGGCAUGAUCAACAGGAUGGGUGAGAUGGGAGUUCGACCACUGAGCCGCAACGCGUCAGCAUCGUGGAUGCGGGACGGCAGCGUUUUGCAGCUGAGCGACUCUGCCGACAUGAGCGGCGAUUGCGUAUCCCUGGCCGGAUGCGAGAGCACGUUCGGCACCCAUCACGGUCUCUUUCGGCAUCCAACCGGAGUGCCUAUGGACACUUACACGACCCGUACGAAUGGCAGUAGCGGCAGCAGUAGCGGCGGUUCCGUAGGGGACGACACAGGUUGGUGGGCGAAUGCGUGGGCUUCAGGUAGAGGAUGGCAAGGACAAGAAACUCCUGAAGGACUUUAUGAUACUCCAAGAGGAACGCCAUGCAGUCCAGCGCGAGGGAGAGGAAUGAACAGAAGCGUUUCUAAUCGCAUGAUCGACCCUGUACAAAAGAACGUAGGAUUUGACAACAGGAACGUUGAACAAACUCAAUCAUUGCAGACAUGUUCUGUCAAUGCUUUAGGACAUACGCCUUGUUAUGCCGUACACAGAGACGACUGGAACAGCGACAAAGAUCAGAAGACCCCAACGAAUGCCGAUUUCGCCCCACCCUCCUUUACUGGAACUUACUCUUCGACUAAUGUGACAUCUAAUCCAAUGGACAACUAUGACGUGCCUCGCCCUUUGGCGGAAACAUUUUACGACACACCGAGGAAGUUCCUAGGAGGACCGGCGCCAGUACACUCCACAAGCUUCACAGGGUCGACGUGUAGCGGCGUGUUAGGCUGGGCGGGGUCUUUAGUAUGCGGCAGGAGAACCGACGACCAACCAGUAACGUCGUCCCUUAAAGUCAACGGGGAAGGCCGUAUGCCCGUCGUUGACGCUUCAACAGGCGUAUUGCUUCAACAGCCGCUGCAUAUUCAACACCAACAUGUGCAGGGAGAUCUUUAUGCGGUUGUUAAUAAAUCAAAAGGAAGCUGUUAUAGUGGAAGCAUCAUUAGAGGUGUUCAACCGAAAUCUGAAGAAUUAGAUGCCUCGAAAUUCGUAAAUAAAUCUUUGGAACACAAUUAUGUUAAUGUGAAUCCAGCGAAUUGCAUUAGUGAACCUAGUAAGUGUGGUGCUGAAACUUACUGUCAACAUUGUAAUACUCAAAUUUCACAGUCAAUGAACUCAGAAAAUUCUAAAAAGCAACAAAUUUCUGAAUUUUCCUCAAAUAAGGAGUGUGGAAUUUCAACGGAGAUAGGCAGGGCGUUAAGCCAGAAUUUAAAGAAGGGUAGUCAAAAAGAUUCCCCAUGCAGCUCCACGACACAUUAUGUGGUCAUGAAGCCUUCCGCAGAAAGUUUUAGGCACCAAAGCUCGCAUUAUAUUUGCAUGACAUCUCCAUCAUUUCAUUCUUUAUCGAGUUUUAAUCAACAGUUACAACACUUUUCUUUAGCACGACAAUUAAGUGGAUCUAAUUUCCGACACUCGUCUCCGCAAUUGCUUGAUAACGACCCUACUCAUGCUGGAACAACUGACAUUAAUUCUUCUCCUUCAAGUCACACUCUCUGCCAUUCGAAUUCAAACAAUAAUCUUGACGAGGAUAAAGAACUGAAACAAGAGCACCCUGUGCCCAUGAAUUCUAAGAACCGUUGUGUUCCAAGAACAGGACGAAGUUUAUCGUUGGCUCGAAACGAAAAUUUGUUUUACGAAGGUCGUCAACGAUCGAAUUCAGCGGACUCUAGGAUAGGCGAGUCUAACAUUUGGGGAUGUGGGGAAAUUCUUUCCCCACUAAAUACACCCCCUAUUUCUCCCAGGAGGAGAAAAAGAAAAUCUGGGAGACCAAUGAGGUUCGGAAAUUGUCGUGGUAACGAUUACUUACCAGGCGAAGACGACAGUGGGUGCGAUGUACAAGAAGCUGUGUUACGUCGUUCCUCUUCCGCUCCCGGGAAAACUGCUAACAGAGACUCGGCUUCCAGUAACGAUUCUGGAGUCAGUGAAUCUUUGAAGACGUUUUAUUUGGGUCAGUGUGAACCACUCCGGCUUCUUGACUGUGCUGAAAGUAAAUCACUACGUCCAUUGAAUUUGAUGCUUGGGCCUCAAUGUUUCCAUGCUUCUCUGCCGCGUCUGAAGUCGAUUCCAGCCAAGCAUCACUGCAAUAGAGACAUGUGGUGUUCGAGCGUCACUGCCAGAGGCCGCACGUACACCGGAGCGGCGGGAGGCAGCGGCGGGGGUAGCAGCGGCGGUGGAUCCGGCGGGAGCGCUUGCUGCUCCGCCAGCCGCGGUACCGACGGCCGCUCGUCGGCCUCCGAUACGAGUGACUAUCACGAUACGCUCAGCCUCGCCUCCACGCUCAGCACCGACCAAGACAGACAAGGUCCCGGUCCCCACGCUACCACCCUCCGCCCCAGGACCGGCAAGGACUACACUCGCUUGGAUCGCACCAAGUUAGAGCAAACUCUACAGGAGAGUCUUUAACGAGACACAUUCGUAGGGCAAAUGUGGCCGUCUCUUGAGUACGACGAACGAAUAUCAUUCCCUUCUCCAUUUGCCUGGAAAUUCUGGCAGAAAUAUUUAUGGUGGUCAUACGUCAGGCGUUGGUUAACACUUUGGACGACAAGUCUUAUAUAUAAGUUGGGUCGUUUAGGAGAGCGAAAGGUUGCCAUCGGCAUUGCCAUCAACUUGAGAAUCAUAAUUACAGGACGGUUUUCAGCAUUACUUAUAGUCUGACUUCAAGAUUUUUGAUUAUAUAAAGAUCAAACUUAUAGUAAGUGCCCUGAACAAGAUAAAUAUAACGUUGAUCAAUUUCAAAGUUCCUCUCAUAUUAUGGACUUUGUAUCAGUGUUGUCAUGUCACAUGUUCUAUGAGCAGUGUUUUAAAAAAAACAAACACGAUGUUUUUAUCUUAAGGAUUCCCUUUCUCAUUUUAACAAACGAUGCAUUUCCAUAUUUUGAUCUAUAUUAUAUAAUCAACUCGACAAUACAAAUGAUGAUGUUAUAUUAAACAAAGUGGGAUGCAGUUACUUUUAGAUUGGUUUAUAGUUGCGAAGCCUGAGAGAAAUUUUUUUUCCUGUUUUAGUGCGAGUGUUGCACACGCUACGAGAUCGAUAUUUUGCGUCGAUACAUUUAUAAUCAAAUGAACAAUUGGUUCAACUCGUUGAAUAUAUAAUUUUAAGUUGAGCUUUUGUACGUCGCAAGGCUUUCUUUCUCACGAAUCUGUGAACACAUUAAAUUUUUAAACAACGCAUAUCUUAGAUAGAUGGUAGUUUCUUCGUAAGAAAAUGCAGACGUAAAUUGCCCCAGAAAUGAAAAUACUUAAACUUCAUCCAUUGGCGACAAUAAUGAAAUACAGGAAUUUUCAUUCGUCAAUAACAGUACUUUAUUGAUUUUGAAUAUCAAAUGUUUGUGCAAUAUAGUUUGUAAAUACUGAAAUCUGGUUUCAUUUUAGAAAUGUAAGAUUAACAGCAUUUUAUUAGUGGAACUAUUUGAAAGCUAAUUGAUUGUUGAGCGAGCUCUUUUAUGAGAAGUCAUCGUGCACCAAUGCGGAAAAAGCUUCAAACAUAACACUGAAGAAUUUAUUUACUCGCACCAAAUGACAUAGUAUCGAAAGAUACUUACUUCCUAGGAAAAGUUUCUACAGUACAACUGUUGUCAGGAUUUCGUUAGAUAUGUACAAUAAAUAACUGUUAAUCAAAACGAAUGUGCUUCUUCUAAAGACGUGGCUUCUCACUAACAAUUAUUUACUGAAAUUAAUUUUAUUUUAUAAUUUGUGAACAAUCU